AUGGUCAUAAUACUGUGGGGAACCCAACAGCAAACAUUUGACAACUUCUACACCAGCCAGUUGAUAGUGAACAUACCGCCCGAAUGUCCCACCAUUGUCCUGUUCGAGCUUGAUGAAACUGGGACUGAUCAGCCAAGGAAAAUUGCAGAUUAUUUCCGAAAGAGAUUGGUGUUCUACUUCGUAUUGAUCUCAUUCAAUAAGGACGCCGUGUUCUGCUUUCGUUAUCAACCGUUACGCAUCACGAGUCACUCCGGUCUCCCCACGCUCGAUCAACUGUUCUUCGACCGGCUACAGACGAUUCAGUUCAAAACGUUAGUGGCCGGAUACGUUAAGGAUUACUACACAUCCAUUUACUGUGAAAAGCUGCCUGGCGAGGACAUUAGGUUGUUUCUUCUGUUUGCUGAAACGCAACAACUUACAUUUCAUUUACAGCAGCUUCGAUGCAACAGCAAUGAAUCUAUGGCCCAGUGUGUAUCGCGUUAUAAUCCGAUACAUUUGAUACUAAAUAGAUUUUUUAUGGCGCAGUACGACAAAUUCGCCGUAAGUGGUGUAGCCAUGGAACAGUUCGCUAUUGCCACACCGAAGGGACGCUUGCUUACUGUGUGGGAAAUUAUGCUCAAACCUUUUGAGCAUUCUGCCUGGGGUAUGAUACUGGGCAUGCUUGUAACCUACCAGAUAAUCCAUCAACUGAAGCCGACACUUUUCUCCAACAAUCUGCUAGCUUUGGCACUCUUUGGUUUUGAUAAGCGUCAGCUAGUGCUUUCCAAAAGCUUCGAGAAAAUAACCGCCUGUGCAUUGAUCGUGCUAUUUUUUCAACUCAAGUGUGCGUACGAGGCAAAGCUUGUAUCGUACAUCACCGAAGCGCCACGUGUCCCAGACGCCAAGUCGGUUGAAGACUUGCGCGAACGCAACAUCACCGUACAUUACAGAAACUUCAAUAUUACGUUAGUGCAUAAACUGAACGGUAUGGUCCAGUUCUACGGCAAAAAUCAAUUCGAAUUCGAUGGAAUAACGAUUGUGGAAAAUCGUGCUGCUCUGAUUACGGAAAAGCUGUUUGCCGAUAACAUGGACGGCUACGGCAUGCAAUACACACUACUGAGCGAGAAUGUGUACGAGGCUAUUCCGUUUUAUGUAUUUGGAGCUAAGUCACUGCUGGUAAGGCGCUUUCAUAACUUUCAACAGCGCGUCUUCGAGGCCGGUAUGCAGCAGCGCUGGCGUCGGGAGUAUUACAAUUGCUUUCUCUGGUACAUCAUUCGAGAUCGACUUAAGUACACACAUCAUUCCGAACGUACAUACGAUGGAUCAUCUAUUAUCAUCAGCUACAACCAUCUCAAGCCACUGAUGCUGUUUUUCUUCGUUCAAUGGGCCUUAGAGGUAAUGGUUUUGGGAUCGAAAUAUUGGUUGGAAUACUUGAACGAUCGCAAUAGAUUGGUGUCAUAUAAAGUGUGUGGAUAA